AGCUUGUUCAUGAUUUUUAAGCAUAUAUAUGGGUGCAUGGGUAACAUUUCAGCUGCAGCAAAAGAAGCCUUUGCCUUCCAAUCUUAGUCGUAGCUCUCCAACUGCGAUAAGCUGUCUCACAACCUUACUGAAGGAGCCUGUGGUUAAAGCAUUCUUUGUCCACUCUAAUGGAGUUAGGUUGCUCGUUCCUUUUAUAAACCCACCUUUCAUUCAACCCUCAAUUCAGCUUGUGUAUGAAACAUGCUUUUGUGUGUGGCUUUUAUCUUACUAUGAACCCGCCAUUCAGCACUUGGCUACCUCUAAAGCUCUUCCUCGACUCAUGGAUGUUGCGAAAAACUCUACAGCGGAAAAGGUUGUUAGAAUUGUCAUCAUGACUUUUCAAAACAUGCUCCCCAAAGGGAUAUUUGAUUCACAAAUGAUAGAACUUGAUUUAUCAGAACUUGUUCAGAGUUUAAAAUUACAAACAUGGAGUGAUGAGGAUCUAUUGGAUGCUUUAAAUCAAAUAGAUGAGAAUUUAAAUAAGAUAAAAGCAUUAAAAUCUUUUGAUAUUUACAAAAAAGAAGUUCUCAUUGGUCGUCUUGAUUGCUUCGAUCUGUCACAGUUCAUCAAGCACCAUAUAGACGGUCGAUUCAUAGUGACGAAGCUCAACGCCAAGGAACGAGUGAUGAAGUUGUUGGACCACAAGAAUGACGAAGUUACCAAAAAUGCAUAA